GUUCUCGAGAGAUUUCGAAGUUAGAAUCAACAUCGACGGUUCAAGUCCAGAUUUCUAGCAAAAAUGGGGAAAUCUAAACCCAGAGUCAGAGCGAAGAAUCGAGUUGAUCCGACCUCGAAGCCGAUAAAACCGCCUGCAGAUCCAGAGCUCGCUGCCAUCCGCGAGCAGCGCAUUCUGCCCGUUCUCCAAGAUUUACAAUGCUCAGAUGUUAAUAAACGUUCUGCAGCGGCGCGCGCUAUCACAAACCUGAUCGAGGAUACCAAGUCUCGGAAAUUGCUUUUAAGGGAGCAAAUAGUCAGGAUUCUAUUUGAGCAAACUCUCACUGAUUCCAAUCUCGGAACCAGGACUGAUGGCUGGGGAAUACUCCGAAAUUUGGCGUUAGAGGAAGAUGCAGAUUUCUGUGUACACCUUUACAGGAAAGAUGUUUUGACUGCAAUUCAGAGCGUUAUAACUACAAUUAUACAGACAAUCAAUUCAAAAGAUGUUCCGCUUAUGAAGCAACCAAAAUCACAGCAACAAUUAGUCUGGAACCUGGCUACAUCCGUCGUCAGCCUAUUGUCUUCUCUUUGCGGAACUGAAGAAGACGUUGUCGAAGCUGUAUCAAGAAUUCCAUCCCUGCUCGACUUUCUAUUUGGUCUUCUUUCUUUUGAACCCGCACCCAGCGAACUUCGACACGAGGUAUUAUCUUGCAUGAUGGCGUUGACAGAAGACAACAAAGAUGUGGCACAGCAAAUCGUGGAUAGCUCCGACGAAUUCAAGCUUCUUCUUAACAUCAAAGACUCAGAACGAUAUGAAUCGGUGACGGCAUGUGGAAUUUUACACAAUAUCUUUGGGGCGAUGCAGUGGUUUGACCACAACACACCUUUGGAAGGGACAUCAGAUGCCAUCCUGAUCCCAGUCUUAACGAAGCAUAUGGAUCAGAUUCAAGCCAGUAAUGGAGCCAAUGGUCAUUCUCAACACUCGAGCCCUGACCAAGUUCUUCAGCUUGCACUAGAGAUUACGGCUUCGAUUGCUAGCGGCCUACAGGAGGCUUUGGAACAUGGAAGUCGAAACGAAAAGGAGUUCGAAGGUUUCGAAGACGAGCCAACUGGUGAUGCUGUUGAUGAGAUGGACGCAGAUGUUGAUGACGAGGCAGAGGACGGAGAGGAACACGAUGUUGAUGGAGAUCACGAGAUGAACGAAGACGAAAUCGAUGCGGAUAUGGCGCUCGUAAUUGGAGACGGGCCCAGUGAAGACGAAAAUCUAGGCGAAGAGUUGACCUUGGAUCAUCUCAUUCAAAUCGCCACACCGAAGAUUAUUGUCCUCGCUCAGCAAACCCUCGCUGCUUCGAAUGCGUAUGGGAACAAGAAUCACGCCUUAGCAGCACUGAAUAACAUCGCUUGGACAGUCUCCAGUAUAGACUUUUCAACUGGUCACCUAGAGAAACUCAAGAGAGCUUGGAUUUCGUCAGCCCAAAGUAUCUGGAACGACAUCAUCAGUUUCGUUCUUGCUUCUAAUACUGCCGAUGUUGAAUUAGCUUCAGCUGUCACAAGUCUUGCCUGGGCAGUAGCUAAGAGCAUCAGGAGCACUAUUCGGGUUGAGAAAGAAGAGCAAAGAAAGUUCAUGGCCCUAUACCAGGCAUCGAAAGGAAUGAGCCUCGGAAGCCAAUCAAACGGCGCCAAGGCAGGCGGAGAAGAUGUUGUCGACGCAUUCCAGGGCUUGGGUGUCAAAUGUAUUGGCGUCCUUGGUACUCUUGCCCUUGAUCCUGCACCUAUCGCACUCAACCGAGAGAUUGGAGUUUUCUUGAUCACAGUCCUUUCCAGCCUUCCAGAUCUCCCUCCAGCCGAUGCCGUUGAGGCUCUCAACCAAAUCUUUGAUAUUUACGCAGACAAAAGCUACGCAUUUGAUGAUCCUGUCUUCUGGGGUGAUAAUCUCUAUAAGCACUUAGAGGAACUUCUGCCUAAGGUCAAGGCAAUGGCAAAGACGAUAGACAAGAGAAAGUUUGGCGAACUGCGAGCGAGGGCCGACGAAGCAAACUUGAACCUUGGGCGUUUCUUGGUCUACAAAAGGAAGGAAAGAAAGAGCAAGGCAGACGACUGAGCAUGUGAGAUCUAGUACGGUCAUAUGCUAGACUACGAAAGCGGACGCUGGGGCUGUUGAGCCCAAUUACGGAGUAGAAGGCGAGGCUGCCUCAUGCAAUGGAAUUUCUGCAUGAAAUAGCAUGUCACACCGAGAGUGAUGACUAGAUUUGAACAUCCAUGUCUGGUCAUGUUGAUACAGGCCUAUUCGCUAGGCUGCACUGCACCUUCUCGCUUAGGAUAUGUGAGGAGGCUGAGUUGGAAAAUCGUCAAGCAUCAACCCAAAAAGAAAAAGAUUUGCCACUCAAUUCUGUUCGUUCAGGGAAAGUGCAGGCGACUGCACGAAUCUUUUGAUAAGCCUGAUUCUCUCGUUACACGUGCUGGUGCAUCCUUGACAACCUUCAAUCUUCCUCUUCCGAUCACCACAUUUCUAACUUCACGUCCGAAGUUUUG